GUCUGGCGGGGAGCUGUUUCCUUGCAGGCAAUGGUUUUUUUCAGUGGGAUCCUGGAUGCCAGUCUUCCAGUUCUGGAGCUGCGUGCAGUGGUGGGGGAAAUCUUCAUCCAUGAACUGGAAAGAGAAGGAUUUCAGGACUAUUUCACUGACCAUCCAGAACUGUCAUUUGAUCCCCCUAUCACCUUCCAUGCCAACCUGUUGGAUCACCCGGACUUGCCCCAGUGGCUACGCUAUAUCCAACGUACUCCUUUCCAGACGGGCUAUCUCUAUGGGUCUGCCACAGAGAAAGAAGUUGGCGCACAAACAAUUGAGGUAACGGCAUAUAACAGGUACACCUAUGAGACUGUGAGACAAACCAUGGAAAUAAGCAUUGUCCCAUCUCCAGAUGGAGAGAUGCCCUAUCAGGCUGACUUCUUUGUGAAGAACUGGAAUGUAGAGGAAGUGCUACCAACCGAAGUCCAUGAACUUUUCCAACAAGCCGUGGACAGCAUGUGGGAGCAAGAAGGCUUGGUUAUUGUCAAUAUCUCCUCAGCCUUGGACCGAGGAGGCCGUGUACCUUUGCCAAUUGAGAACAGGAAGGAAGGAAUUUACAUCAAGGUGGGUUCCAAGGAUCCAUUCACGGAGUGCUUGACAGAGGCCAAGUCCCCUGAAAACCGUUACCGGUGUAAGUUGGAGCAACAGCCGGUCAUUACCUGUUAUGACAGCUUCAGCCCCAGAUUCAGAGUGGAUUGGUGCAAUCUUACCCUGAUAGACCUCACAGAUGUAAACCCCACAGAAGUGGUGACAUUCUACGGUGAUGGGGUGCUUGAUCCUGGCCCAGAAUUCAAUCCUCCAGAGGAUGCCCCCGACAGGUUGUUCUUCUAUGACUUCUUGCUUACUUUCCUUCUCCCUCUCAUUUUGGGCCUCCUCCUGUGUCUCAUCCUGGCCUACAUCAUGUGCUGCCGACGGGAAGGCGUACACCGAAGAGACGCAAAGACUUCAGACAUCCAGAUGGUGCAUCACCACACGAUCCACGACAACACAGAGGAGCUGCGGGAAAUGGCCAGCAUCCGGGAUGUACCCCGGCCCCUCUCCACCUUGCCCAUGUUCAACAUCCGCACGGGUGAGCGGAUCAACCCCAUGCAGAGCAGCCGCUACGAUAGUGCCCAGGUGCCUCUCAUCUUGGCUCAACAGUGAACCUUUGCUCAGGUUUG